GCCCAGCUCUUCCCGCCGCCUCACGCGGCCGGCCUUUCUAGUCGGGCCGGGCGUGGGCUGUACGCUCGGCUGCCCGGGCCGCGGGACCGGGAUCAGGGAGGGGACGGCCGACUCCGCCAGGUAUCCGGACUGCAAUGCCCUUGGCUGGGGUCACAGCCACCUUCCCUAGAAGGACGCGGGUUCCUUGUACCAGGUGCUUCCGGAGCGGCAUCCCUGCGGGCGGCUCGCCCGGACCGGGGAGUCCCGGCUUCGCGCCAGAAACCAGGACCCUUCCCAAACGUCCGCGUCUGCCCUCCCACUGACCUGGUCCAAGCCGAGAAAGAAACUGAGGCUGGAAAUGCUUGGCUGGUAACCGCAAAGCAGACAGGAGCUGGAGCUGGGAGAACUGGAGAAAACCAAUCUAAUCUGACUUGACUCCAGCUGGGAACCGCCGCUGCAUGGUCAUCACGAACGUUUGCAAAGUGCUUUCACAGGUACUAGCCCAUUUGGGCCUUAAUUUCGCACCUGCAGUCAUUAUCCUAUUUUGAAAACGAGGAAACAUUAAGGCUGGCGAGCUCUCAGGUGUAGGGAACCAGACCGGAGGAACCGUGCCCCUAAGAUGGCGCCGACUCCCUGCUUCCGGGUUCUUCCUCAUCUCAGGGAGUUCCCGCUCUUGCUCGCUCCUUCCCGCCUUAGAUUUCCCGCUCUAGCUCGCUCCUUCCCGCCUUGCCACGAGAUUGUCCUAUCCCCGCGCUUCUAGCCUAUCACCUGAUUUGUGACGUGUAUUGUGCAUAUAAACCCUUGCUACGCGGGUGUAAGGAAAGUUCCUGCCCAGAAGAGAUCGAAGCUGGAUCUCCUGCUUGCCGAGCAAUAAAGGAACCCCGUGCAAAGUGUUCGGUCUCUGUCUCUUGCUGGACGAGGACGGCGCCGAGCAGCUGGUGGCCCGUACGGGGAGCUUCCUCUACGUUGCCCGGAAUCUGGAAGAGAACCUCUCUGGAUACCGGAAAGAUUGGUCAGAAAAACAGCCCCGCCGCCACAAGAUACACCUCUAUCACCUACGGACGACAUCUCCCCCGAGAUAACCGAGAUUACCACGCUCUCACAGGACGACAAAUUGCAACAAAACAACGAGACGUCCCUGUGUACUUCGCUGGGCUCUGGGAUGACUCCUCUCAGAUUUCUCCAGACCUGAGCCCUGGACUGGAGCCAUGCUGCAGCCCACAGUCCCGUGACCAGGUGGACAGCAGUUCUUGUGCCUGUACCCCAGAACCCUGGCUGACCACACUGAAGCAGGAUGCUCCAGCAGGUUAAUGGCCGUAGUCCAGGAUUUGGUGCCCGAGGCGGAGAAUUCCUUAGCGAAGACCUGCGGGAGUUCCUGGUUGGGGAGGCCCCGCUGCACCAGCUGGAUGACCUCACUAAGGUGAAUCCUGUGACGCUGGAGACAGUCCUGAGGUGCCUGCAGGCCCGGUACAUGGCGGACACGUUCUACACCAAUGCCGGCUGCACCCUGGUGGCUCUGAACCCCUUCAAGCCUGUGCCUGAGCUCUACACGCCAGAGCUGAUGCGAGAGUACCACACCGCCCCGCAGCCCCAGAAACUGAAGCCUCACAUCUUCACCGUGGGUGAACAGACCUACAGGAAUGUCAGGAGCCUGGCCGAGCCAAUCAACCAGUCUAUUAUUGUCAGUGGAGAGAGUGGUGCUGGAAAGACGUGGACGUCCCGCUGCCUGAUGAAGUUCUAUGCCGUGGUGGCUGCCUCACCCACGUCCUGGGAGAGCCACAAGAUUGCAGAGAGGAUCGAACAGCGGAUCCUGAACUCCAACCCCGUCAUGGAAGCUUUUGGGAACGCGUGCACACUGAGGAAUAACAACAGCAGCCGCUUUGGGAAGUUCAUCCGGCUCCAGCUGAACAGGGCCCAGCAGAUGACCGGAGCUGCAGUCCAUACCUACCUCCUAGAGAAAACUCGAGUGGCCUGCCAGGCUUCCAGUGAGAGGAACUUCCACAUCUUCUACCAGAUCUGCAAAGGCGCAAGCAAGGAUGAGAGGCUGCACUGGCACCUCCCCGAGGGGGCUGCCUUCUCCUGGCUGCCCAACCCAGACAGGACCUUGGAAGAGGACUGUUUCGAGGUGACCAGAGAAGCCAUGCUGCAUUUGGGCAUCGACACCCCCACCCAGAACAACAUCUUUAAGGUCCUGGCUGGGUUGCUGCACCUUGGCAACACCUUGUUCGCUGACUCCGAGGAUGAAGCCCAGCCCUGCCACCUGAUGGACAGUGCCAAGUGCGCCAUCAGGACAUCAGCCUCGCUGCUGCAGCUCCCAGAAGACACGCUGCUGGAGACGCUGCGGAUUAGAACCAUCAGGGCAGGCAGGCAGAAGCAGGUGUUCCGGAAGCCCUGCUCCCGAGCCGAGUGUGACACCCGCAGAGACUGUCUGGCCAAGCUGGUCUACUCACGCCUCUUCGACUGGCUGGUGUCUGUGAUCAACAGCAGCAUCUGUGCAGACCCUGACUCCUGGACCACUUUCAUAGGCCUGCUGGACGUGUACGGGUUUGAGUCGUUCCCUGACAACAGUCUGGAACAGCUGUGCAUCAAUUACGCCAACGAGAAGCUGCAACAGCACUUUGUGGCCCACUACCUAAAGGCUCAGCAGGAAGAAUACGCGAUGGAAGGCUUGGAGUGGUCAUUUGUGAACUACCGGGACAACCAGAUGUGUUUGGAUCUCAUCGAGGGCAGCCCCAUCAGCAUCUGCUCCCUCAUAAAUGAGGAGUGCCGCCUUAAUCGGCCGAGCAGUGCGGCGCAGCUCCAGACACGUAUCGAGGGUGCCCUGGCGGGCAGCCCCUGCCUGGGCCGCAGUAGGCUCAGCCGGGAGCCCAGCUUCAUCGUGGUGCAUUACGCCGGGCCUGUGCGGUACCACACAGCAGGCCUGGUGGAGAAGAACAAGGACCCUGUCCCCCCUGAGCUGACCAGACUCCUGCAGCAGUCCCAGGAUCCCCUGCUGCUGGCACUGUUUCCUGCUGACCCUGAAGAAAAGACUCAGGAGGAGCCUUUGGGCCAGAGCAGGGCCCCUGCAUUGACUGUGGUGUCCAAAUUCAAGGCCUCCCUGGAGCAGCUCCUGCAGGUCCUGCACAGCACCACACCCCACUACAUUCGCUGCAUCAAGCCCAACAGCCAGGGUCAGGCACAGACCUUCCUCCAGGAAGAGGUCCUGAGCCAGCUGGAGGCCUGUGGCCUGGUGGAGACCAUCCACAUCAGUGCAGCCGGCUUCCCCAUUCGGCUCUCUCACCAGAACUUUGUGGAACGGUAUGAGUUACUGAGAAGGCUCCAUCCUCAUAAGUCCUCUGGCCUCUGCAGUCCAUAUCGUGCCAAGGGGCGCUCCGAAUGGACCCCACAUGUGGAGGCGGCCAUGCUGCUGCCUCUCCUCCAGGACAUCCUCCACACUCUGACAGCGACCACACGUGCUGAGCCCCCUGAGGCCAUGGCCGCUUCAGUGCACUGUGGCAAGACGAAGGUGUUCAUGACUGACUCUAUGCUGGAGCUCCUGGAACACAGGCGCGCCCAGGUACUAGAGCAGUGCGCCCGCUGCAUCCAGCGUGGCUGGAGGCGUCACCAGCACCGAAAGCAGGAGCGACGAAGGCAGGCUGCCGUGCUCAUUCAGGCAGCUGUUCGUUCCUGGUUAACUCGGAAACACAUCCAGAGACUGCACAGAGCGGCCACAGUCAUUAAGCAUGCGUGGCAGCAGUGGAGAAUGAGAAUGGCCUUCCUUGUGGCUGAAGAACUGGAUGGUGUGGAAGAAAACUACACUGCUGUAGCGCCCCAGCCCCUGAGCUCCUCCCCACUGCAACCAGAGCAGACCAGGCUCCAAGGGGCAGUAAUCCGCCUCUGGCCCCUCGGACUGGUCCUGGCUAAUGCGUGUGUGGGUGUGCGUGGCCUUCAGAGGAAGCUGGUGAUCUGCGCCUGCCUUCAGCUUCCCAGAGGCAGCCCCCGUAGUUAUACGAUCCAGACUGCACAAGACCAGGCUGGGGUCACGUCCAUCCGAGCACUGCCUCAGGGCCCGAUAAAGUUUCACUGCAGGAAGUCUCCACUGCGCCACGCUGACAUCUGCCCUGAACCUUCGCCCUACAGUGUUACUGGCUUUAAUCAGAUUCUGCUGGAGAAACACAGGCUGAUCCACAAGUGACCUUCUCAUCCUCUACCCUCACCUGGCCAGGUGAUCCUUGUUUCCUUUGUUUCUACAGAGCCAUUUCCUGCCAACUGCCUUGCCAAAGAUACUUAAUCCACAUGCAGUUGCCAAACUAUUCACACAUGCAAGCGGCAGCUCCAGUUCAGGCAGUGGCAGGGAGUCAGGCUGGUGGUUACAGGACUAGGGCCACAGCCAACCUCAUGUUUCACUACCUUCAGAAAUUAAACUCGGCCAUGGCCGUCUCUACACAGGGGCACUUCAUUCUCUACGGGCACUUUUGAAGAAAACUAAGCCAGCCUCAAGUGGGCAGGGGACAAUUUUGCAUUUCUGUUCCUUUUAAAAAGGAAUGAAAUCUUAGUAUUUAAUAAGAUCACUUAUUUAAUUUCAAACACAUUAAAAAUCAAGGACAAUGAACGUAACAUGUAAGAAUCACUAUAUCAUGUUAUUUAAUAAUACUGCUCAAGUUUUUCACCUCAGUAGGUGUAAAAUUUGAUCAAUGAUACCACUGAUGUCUAUCACAACUGUACACCAAAAAUAAAACAUUUUAAAACCA